CAGAUGCAUCCGAUCCCGCGAGACGCGCUGGACGCGAUAGACGAUGUUGCUCCGGCCCACGCACACACGCUAAAUCGCAUCUGGACCUUGCACCGCGAUAGCAGCCCAUCACGGUCAUGGCAGACGUGCACAAGGUGGUGGAGCAGCUUCGUCACGAUCCGUACAACCUGACCUUGUAUAUCGACCUUGCAAACCAAUACCUCGAUCUCGACUAUCCCGAUUUGGCGGCUGGCGCGGCUUACAAGGCUUUGUUGCUGUCUGACGCCGUCGCGGAUGAAGGAGACGAGUUCCAUGACCAGGCUUUGGCUUCUUUGCAGGAGCAACAUGGAGCGUGUCGAGGGGAUGAUAGAUUGACGGCCGAUAUAGACGCGCUGUCUGUUCGAGACGAUCCCAUUGAUUCGAGUCAUCACCUGUCACUCGUCGAGCAUCAUGUUCCCAUCAUAUACCAAAUCUUGAGCCGCAGCCUUCUCUCAUGUGGCUGUUUACAGAGUGCUUUACUUUACUCUUCACAAGCUCGUCGCCGAUAUGCAAACAAUGUCGAGCUUCAGAAGACACACCAUCUGGUCUGCGCCACGGCUGCGAAACAUGCUGGUGUCGAUGAGCAAGCGCUCUUUGCUCGCAAACAUGACGGCCCGGUAGAACUACCGGAUAGAGGCGUUGUGCGACGGGAGAUUUAUCCCUGGAAUACUUUCGAACCGGACAGACUCCGCGAGCUGUCGACUCUCAACGAGAUGAUGGACAAAGUAGCUCCUAAGCUUGAAGUCCUCGUGGUGGAGCUGCCAGAUCUGACGACACAAUCAGACAGCGGUUGCGUAUCGACAGUAAAGCAGCUCGGAGUGUUUGCGAAAGAGGACAUUGCCGCUGGGGAAGUGGUCUUGACCGAGGACUCCAUCCUGACUGCCAACAACAAACUCCAGGACACGCUGUGCGAUGCUUGUAGCACGGAUUUGCCGGAGCUGGGCAACUCUGAAGCCGGAAACACCGUUUCUUGCCCUGAUUGCGAAGUCGUGUUUUGCAGUCAACAAUGUCAUGACCGCGCAAUGGAUCUCUAUCAUCCAGCUCUUUGUGAAAGGGACGUCGAGUCGAUUGCCAAAGACGUCUCCCCCACUGCCGCGAGUGAUGCUUUGUACUCGCUCCUCCUGCUACGGACCUUGGCCAUGGCCGAAACCCAGCAAUGCCAUCCCCUCGAGCUCAACGAGGUCAAGUACAUCUGGGGCGACUUCCACAACACCCACCCGCAACAUGCGUCCGACUCCGCCGACUACCCCAACUCCCUACCCUUCAGCUUCGAGCAUAACAUCCGCCUUCCGUUCCACAUGCUCGAGAAGAUGGACAUCGACAUCUUCGCCAACCCGCAGUACGACGUCUGGGUUUUCAACACGCUGUACGCCAAGUUCCGCGGCACUGCUUCCGCCCGGCUUUCAGGGCGUGGAGGCCGAGCCGCCAGGGGACCGGAAGUCGGCGCCGUUCAUCCCAUGUGGUGUCUGGCGAAUCAUUCCUGUGAUCCAAAUGUGAGCUGGGAAUGGGGCGGUGCUAUAGAGUUUCGAGCUCGCGAGCAGCGCGUUGCUUGGAGUGAUCCGUAUGGCAAGUCGCCGCGUCCUGCUGCUGAGCCUGGUAUCAAGAAAGGCGAGGAGAUCUUUAAUCACUACUGCGACAUUGAUUUACCCGUCAAGGAGCGCCGGGAAUGGGCGGAAGGCGCACUGGGCGGAGCGUGUCGAUGUCCGCGAUGCAUUUUUGAGGCGGGAGAGAAUGCAUGAACACAGAAGUCAUCUUUGCUACGGUUUGAAUGU